UUCGCGCAGCCUGGGCCCGCCGCGCCGCCAGCCCCACAACAGAACUCAGCGCGGCACUCCUGGGAGCCCGGCUCCGAGUCACCCGCAGUCGGCACCGAAGGAGAGACGGACCAGUUUGCGCGCCGGGACCGAGCGGGACAGCAGCGGGACCCGCGCGCCUGGGGCGCCAGGCAAAGCGCGCCGAGAGUCGGUCUCCAACCCAGAGGGCACCAACCGCAAACAUGUCUGUGGACCCCUUAUCCAGCAAAGCUCUGAAAAUCAAGCGCGAGCUGAGCGAGAACACGCCGCACCUGUCGGACGAGGCGCUGAUGGAGCUGUCGGUGCGCGAUCUCAACCGGCACCUGCGCGGGCUUUCGGCGGAGGAGGUAACAAGGCUCAAGCAGCGGCGCCGCACGCUAAAAAACCGCGGCUACGCGGCCAGCUGCCGCGUGAAGCGCGUGUGCCAGAAAGAGGAGCUGCAAAAGCAGAAGUCGGAGCUGGAGCGCGAGGUGGACAAGCUGGCACGCGAGAACGCCGCCAUGCGCCUGGAGCUGGACGCGCUGCGCGACAAGUGCGAGGCACUCCAGGGCUUCGCGCGCUCGGUGGCCGCCGCCCGCGGCCACCAACCCUUCCCCGGGCCUGGCUUCUUCAUGCAGUCCCUGGAACUGGGAGCGAGCUGGGACCGAAUAGCCCUGGGGAGGGGCAUCUUUGGUAGAACGGAGGAUGAGGGUGUGGGCCUAAGCCAGGGUGCCCCAGAGCAGGGCCAGAUGCCCAAGGCCAGGGAGCUGGCCAGCAAAGGAGGAGGACCAUAG